AACCACAGCCUAGCACGUCCUCAGUAUACAUCUUAAUUUUAUGUAGCAAAUCAAAUGUUCUUUAUUACGUUUCUGAAAAAUCACCGUCAAAGAAAGACCAAUCAGCGUUUGCAAAGCCCACCAUAUCCAACCGCAGAGUACGUAGACUACUGUACAACAAAAACAGGGAAAGAUGAUGCUGUAAUUGCGGUGGUGUCGUGAGAGUGAGUGAUGUAUCCUUCUGAAACAUUUAUAGUUGCAAAAUCUUGACAGAUUCGUUAAAAAACGGGAGGAUUACAUUUCACAAUAGACAACCAGAUUGUAAAAUUGCAAAGUGUCAAGGAUCUUUUCUUCUUCUUGUUGUGCUCCCGACUGUAAUGGCCACUAAUGCCAAGAGGCCGUCACUUGGGGCUGUGGCUCCUCGUAAGAAAGCUAGUCCUAAGCCUGAAUUGACAGAGGAAAUGAGGCAGGAGAUACGAGAAGCCUUUGAACUGUUUGAUACUGAUGGCUCUGGCUUCAUUGAGGUGAAGGAGCUAAAGGUGGCUAUGAGGGCACUUGGGUUUGAGCCCAAAAAAGAGGAAAUUAAGAAAAUGAUUGCAGAGGUCGAUAAGGAUGGGACUGGCAAGAUUUCCUUCAGUGACUUUCUCACAAUCAUGACCCAAAAGAUGGCUGAAAAGGAUUCUAAAGAGGAAAUUCUAAAGGCAUUUAGACUGUUUGAUGAUGAUGAGACUGGCAAGAUAUCUUUUCGUAACCUAAAGCGAGUAGCCAAAGAGCUGGGGGAGAAUCUUACUGAUGAAGAGCUUCAGGAGAUGAUUGAUGAAGCAGACCGGGAUGGUGAUGGAGAAGUGAACCAGCAGGAGUUUCUUCGCAUUAUGAAGAAAACAUGUUUAUACUAAAUUGGUGGAAUUAAGGGGAAAGGAGAUAUACCAUUAAUUUACCCUCACCCAAAAGCAUGUCAUUCAGAGGCUUGCAGGAUUUUAAAAGGGACCACAAAAUGCACAAUUCUAUGAAAAUGAUCAGGUAUGAUUAUCCUAACAGUGAGUAACAUUUUGACCUCAAAUAAUUAAGAUUUUAACACUACAAGCCCUUUAGGAAACUGAGUGUAUUUGGAUGAUUACCUAAUGUGUUUGGAUUUUUGUUUACAAAAGUGAAUCACAUUGAAUGCUUUAAGAAAUUCUAAGAUAUGUACAACAAAUUAUAGUACUCUAGGUUGUCUCAAAAUCACACAAGUUUCACUUAAGUUAUAAAACAAAUGUUUCUACAGAGCCAAGGGACCAGUUCACUUGAAGCUUUUGAUUUUUGCAGUCAGCAUCAAACCAUUCCGUUCAGUCUGGGAAUUUUUAAAUUUUUUUUUACAUGAGUGUGCUGACCCCAUUGUGCUUUUUUUGUGGUGACUGUCAUAUGUGAAAGCUUUUUAAAGGAGAAAUUAAUAUCCUGUUAUUUCUGAAGCAGUUCUGUGAAGUGCAUUUUCCACUUUGCAAUCCUGUCCUAUUUACCUGAUAUUCAAUGUUUUGUACAGACCUAAAUAUCAAUGACUGUUUAUAGCAUUAAAAAAAAUAUCAAAACAGUU